AAGCAGGGGCACAAAUGUCAUUUAACUAUUCCUAAGAAACAGUCUGGGAACAGUUUAGGAACAGUCAGCGGCAGCUUGGCUGCACCAGCAUGACCAAGAAGCUGACUCAAUUCGAACCACAACUUGCCAUGGAACUCGACCUCGACUCCUUCCUCAACUCACACCUUUCCCUCUCCGACGAAGACGACGACGACAACCUUAAUUCCGUCCCUCACCGUACGAUCGACGAAAUCCUCAACGACUCCGAUUCGUCCUCGUCCCCGCCCUCCACUAUCCACCGCCUCGCAUCUGAUCCCAAACCACCACAUCCGCCCACCGACGCCGUAUCAGUCUCCAGCGCUAAAUCCGACGAGUCCAGUCAAGUCCGGCCGAGGCCCAAUUUGUACGCUCGGGUCAAGUCCGGCGAGUUAUCGGACGAUCCGGUCGGAAAGGUUUCGAAGCCGUCGCCAUGGUUGCUUGGAGGCAUGAGAACGAAUGCGAAGCCAGGGGCGGCGCUCGCGGCUGCUGCGGCGGCCUCGAGGUCGAUGCCUACACCGCACGCGGCCGCGAUCAAAUCGAAGAGGAGCGCCGGGAGUGGAGUUUUCCAGAAGGUUCUGGAGAGUACGGAAUUGGAUGAUAAAUCCGAGGUAGGGUCCAAUUCUAAUAAUGAUACGAAUGUAGGUAGUUCUGAAGUGACUGAGUCAAAUUCGAAUGAAGGAGAAGUGGAUUUUGGUGACGAAUUGUUGAGAAAAGAUAGGGUUUGGGAGAGGGAGAGGGAGAGGGAGUUAGAGGAAACGUCUCAAGGUAUUGAAGUAAGUGCUGGGAAUGCUCCGGAAGAAGUGAAAAAUGUUAGUUUUGAUGAGAAUUUGACAAAUUUAGAUGCAAAUGAUGUUAAAGAUAAUGAAUUUAACAAUAAUGUUGAGGUUGUGGAGGAAUGUCAACCAGAAAUACAAGAUAUAGAUGAAAACAGUUCUGGUUCCAAACAUAGUGAUAGUGAGGAGGAGCGUCUUGGUGAUGGUGGUGGUGGCGGUAAUGAUAAUGACGGUGAGGGUGGUGGUGGUGGUGAUGAUGACGAUAAUAAUGAUCGUGAUAGUGAUGAUGAUGGUGAAUUGGGAAGUUCAAUCACUCAACUUGUGGAGGAGAGAAUUGGGCAAUUGGAGAGCAGGAGGAUUAGUAAAAAAGCUGAAAAGAAAUUGCAGAAGCCACUCGAAAUCGCUGAAGAGCUAGAGAAGAAGCAAGCUUCUACUGCUUUGCAUUGGGAAGAGGGUGCUGCUGCUCAACCCAUGAGGCUUGAGGGUGUUCGGAGAGGCUCCACCACAUUGGGAUACUUCAAUGUCGAUGCUAACAAUCCCAUUACCAGGACCCUUUCAGCUCCAGCGUUACGGCGUGAUCAUGGUUCACCACAAGUCUUGGCGGUUCACAGUAAUUACAUUGCAAUAGGAAUGGCAAGAGGUGCUAUUCUUGUUAUCCCUAGUAAAUACUCUGCUCAUAAUGCUGAUAUCAUGGAUGCAAAGAUGCUAAUUCUUGGAUUGCAAGGUGAACGAUCUUAUGCUGCAGUGACUUCUAUAUGCUUCAAUCAGCAAGGGGACCUGCUCUUAGCAGGUUAUGCUGAUGGUCACAUUACAGUUUGGGACGUACAGAGGGCAUCGGUUGCUAAAGUAAUUACUGGAGAACAUACAGCUCCAGUUGUACAUACAUUGUUUUUAGGGCAGGAUUCUCAAGUUACACGUCAAUUGAAGGCAGUUACCGGUGAUAGUAAGGGCCUGGUACUGUUACAUUCUUUCUCUGUGGUUCCCCUGCUUAAUAGGUUCUCCAUUAAAACACAGUGCCUUCUUGAUGGACAAAGAACGGGCACAGUGCUGUCAGCUUCACCCCUCCUCUUUGAUGAAUUCUCUGGAGGGGCUUCACAAUCUGCUCAGGGAAAUGGGACGGUUACAGGUAGCAGUAUUGGUGGUAUGAGGGGUGCGAGGAGAGAGAGAAGGGUUGGGGAGAGACUGGGUUGCUGUGAAGGGAGUUUCGGAGGGGUAGGGUUUUGAAGAGAGGGUGAAGUGGGGUUUGUUAGGCCUAACCUAGCUGGGAAUUGUACAAUUUGGGGUUGCAGCAUUUUGGGAUUCACUUGUUUCCUCAAAGCAUUCUAGCAACAAGAAAUUGAACAAAUUACAUACUUAAUAAAUAACAGAAAUACCAUAUGA